AGGAGAGAAGGGUUUUCAAUGCCUCAGUAGAUAGAUAGAUAGAUAGAUAGAUACUUUAUUUAUCCCGAAGGAAAUUCCCGAAGUAAAACCUGAGGAUGUUUUUCGUUUUUGGGGAGGAAUAAACCUUCAUCUUGAACCACAUUCGGAAAUUAAACUAUUCACGACUGGUCGUCAUAGGAUCGAUUCCACCAUGGUGCAGCAAUAUCAAUCCCCCGUACGUGUCUACAAACACCCCUUCGAACUGGUCAUGGCGGCGUAUGAGAGGAGGUUCCCGACGUGUCAUCUCAUCCCCAUGUUUGUCUCCAGUGACGUCCUCAGUGAGGAGACCAGUGAAGAUAACUCCACACACAAAAUCGAAAGAAGGUGCAAACUAGAUGUGGAUGCCCCUCGACUCCUGAAAAGGAUUGCAGGCGUCGACUACGUUUACUUCAUCCAGAAAAACAAUCUGGACCACAAAGAGAGGACCCUGCACAUCGAGUCUCAUAACGAGACCUUCUCCAAUCGGGUCAUCAUCCACGAGCUCUGCUGUUACUCGGUUCAUCCUGAGAAUGAGGAAUGGACCUGUUUCGAGCAGUCUGCAAGCCUCGACAUCAAAUCUUUCUUUGGCUUUGAGAGCACGGUGGAGAAGAUCGCCAUGAAACAGUAUGCCAACAGCAUCAAAAAGGGUAAAGAGAUCAUCGAGUACUACCUCUGUGAGCUAGAGGAGGAGGGCAUUACCCACAUGCCCCGGUGGAGCCCCAGCGACCCCUUUGUUCACCCUGUUUUGCCUGUUACACUUCCCGCACCCCCACCUACGCCCCCCAUUGACAUCACAACACCUGCUGAGACCAACAAAGAGGUAGCAGUGUGUAAAGAGGGCAGCAGCAGUCCAGUGGGCAGCACCAACGAGCCACUCGCUGCCACACCAGAUGACAAACUCGAUGCCGACUACAUCAACCGUUACCUGGGUGACCUCACACCUCUGCAGGAGAGUUGCCUCAUACGUCUACGCAGCUGGCUACAGGAAACACACAAGGGCAAGAUCCCGAAGGACCAGCACAUCCUGCGUUUCCUUCGAGCACGAGAUUUUAACAUGGAUAAAGCACGAGAGAUCCUGUGCCAGUCUCUGACCUGGAGGAAGCAACACCAGGUGGAUUACCUGCUAGAUACCUGGAGCUCUCCACAGGUCCUGCAUGACUACUACACCGGGGGCUGGCACCACCACGACCGCGAUGGACGUCCCCUCUAUAUUCUACGUUUGGGCCAGAUGGACACCAAGGGUCUGGUUCGAGCUCUGGGGGAGGAAUCUCUUCUCAGACAUGUUUUGUCUAUAAAUGAGGAGGGCUUAAGAAGGUGUGAGGAGAACACCAAGGUCUUUGGACGGCCAAUCAGUUGCUGGACAUGUCUGGUGGAUCUGGAAGGGUUGAAUAUGAGACAUUUAUGGCGUCCAGGUGUAAAAGCUCUGCUGCGUAUCAUCGAAGUAGUGGAAGCGAAUUACCCAGAAACCCUCGGCCGUCUGCUCAUUUUGCGUGCCCCCCGAGUCUUUCCAGUGCUCUGGACUCUGGUCAGCCCCUUCAUUGAUGAAAACACACGUAAAAAGUUCCUGAUCUAUGCCGGAAACGACUACCAGGGUCCCGGUGGUCUGGUGGAUUACAUAGAUAAGGAAAUCAUCCCCGACUUCCUGGGUGGAGAGUGCAUGUGUGAGGUUCCAGAGGGCGGCCUGGUGCCCAAAUCUCUGUACAGAACUCCGGAGGAGCUGGAGAACGAUGAUAUCAGACUGUGGACUGAGACCAUCUAUCAGAGUGCUAGUGUCUUCAAAGGAGCUCCGCAUGAGCUGCUGAUCGAGAUCAUCGAUGCCUCCUCUGUGAUCACGUGGGAUUUCGACGUGUGUAAAGGAGACGUGGUUUUCAACAUUUACCACUCCAAACGGGCCCCUCAGCCGCCCAAGAAAGAGGCGCUGGCGUCUCACGGCAUCACGUCUCCCGGGGGCAACAACGUGCAGCUUAUCGAUAAGUCGUGGCAGCUUGGGCAGGACUACAGCAUGGUGGAGUCGCCCCUCACCUGCAAGGAGGGAGAGAGUGUACAGGGCUCUCAUGUGACUCGCUGGCCUGGUUUCUAUAUCCUGCAGUGGAAGUUUCACUCCAUGCCUGCUUGUGCCACCACUAAUCUGCCACGUGUAGACGACGUGUUGGCGACACUGCAGGUUUCCUCUCACAAGUGUAAAGUCAUGUACUACACUGAGGUCCUGGGCUCCGAGGACUUCAGAACGGCUUGCUGCGAUGUGCAGAGUUUGGGUUCGAUGACAAGUUUGGAGUCGAGUCACAGUGGUUUCUCUCAGCUCAGCGCCGCCACCACCUCAUCCAGCCAAUCACAGUCCAGCUCCAUGAUCUCCAGGUAGAAGCAGAGUGGGACCAGCUCUCUUUCCCUCUACCUUCUACUCACUACGUUCAUCAUGUUCCUCUCACUCUCCUGAGAUGAGAGAAAAAGAAAUAUCUGUAUAGAAUUAUUUCCACACAGUAUGGUGGUCAGAAUAUUAAAGGGCUUGUAUCUGUGAUGCCACCAGCUGGGCUGCUGGUCAGUUACCGGCCACCAACCUCAUUUAGCUUCAUCUAUCCUUCUAAUAUGAGAACUGGAGAUCUGAACCAUUUCUGCAUCAUUGAUGGACCGAGCAAGACCAGUUUUCUUAAAUAGAGACAGAUUAGAGGAGUAAUGCGCUGUUACACACACAAGCAGAAAUACUGUAUAUACAUAAAUGCCAUAUCACUGGGAACAUCCUUCUGGUGACAUGUUUAUAGGUCAAAGUGCGGGUUUGAAGAGUGGCAGUGUCCACCCAAAGCAAUAAACAUUUCUAACAUA